AUGAAGUCAUUCGUUGCUGCCUCGCUCCUUGCCCUUGUCGGCGCCGCUGCCGCUGCCCCUUCAACCCUCCGCUUCGCAAAGCGCGAGAAUCCUGAUAACAGCUGUGGACCCGACCCUGGCUCAGCUGCCAUUGCCAAUGCCAUCAACCAAUGGAACAGCGAUGUCGUCACGGUCAACAGUUUCUUGGAUGAGGCCGCAUCGUUAGACACAAGCACGCUGCUGGUCGACCUUGAGACCGCCUUGACCGCAGCCCAAGACGAACCUAAUCAACUAAAUGUCCUUGCCUGCGAAAGUGACGUUGCAGGGACACCUGCUCAAACCGCAGCGAACGACCUCUUCAAUGGCUUCGAGAACAAUGUCCUGGUCCCGCUAGGGAACAUCAUCGCUAACCCGAGCGAUGCAAACAAUGUCGCGAUGCAGCUACAGACCAUCAAUCAAUUCCGAUGCUGCCACGUUCUUCCGGACCUUGAUGUUCUGUGGUCGGGCACGGCGGAGGAUGAGGGUGUUGCCAAUAUUGUGCCCAUCACUGCCCCAAGACCGAAUACCUGCGCUUCUAUCAGCUGCUAA